AUGGCGAUGGCCCCCGUCAAGUUCACCAAGCCCCCCGACUUGUCUGGCCGCACUCCGAUCUAUCGCCUCAGCAAAACGGUCCCUCCGCCGGCUCCGGCGCCCCAGCCGAGCGCCAGUCCCCAAUUCGUCAACAAGGGCAGUCAGGCACAUACCUCCCACUACCAACCGCCGUACCCUCCUCACCCUCCUCCCUUCAAUAUUCCCCAUACCGUAUCACCGGCUUCGCAGCCCGGUCCGCAGCCGCAGUCCACACCACAAGAUAACAAGGAAAAUGCAUUCGCGCACACACCGCAGAGCCUCGAUUCCCCCGCGCAAGGGUCGCCGCCCAUGACCAAACGUCGCGGGAGGAAGCUGCAGGAGAACGAGACGCUCAUCUUGGUCAACUGCUGCUUGGAAUAUCAGAGCUUGUACAAUGAUAAUCCACAGCGGUUCUGGUACUGCGUCGCGACGAGCCUCAAACGGCAGAUCAAGCGCAAUUUCUCGUCGCACUCGUGUCGCCAAAUCGUCGAGGAACUGGUCGUCGAGCGCCGCGAGCGCCGACGGGAUGUUGCGGCGGGGAAGGUUAAAGAGCAACCGCUGACCGAGCUUGUGCUUGCAACGGACAAGUGGAUCUCGUUCAUGGACACGGCGUCUGGAGGUACCAUCGCGUCUCCGGCGCCGCUGAUGAAACGGGCGGCCCUAGAUAUCCCGGAUGACUCGAACGCGAAGCGACCCAAACCGCACGAACCCGCGCCCUCCGUCCCACCGCCAGCCGUAUCGCAACCGCAGCCAUUAUCGCAACCACCGUCGCAACCACCGUCACAGCCGAUGCCGUUAUCAAUGCCGGUCGCCCAGCCCAUGCCUCCGUAUACGCCGUACCCGAACGCCGGACUGACGAUGCCCAGCGGGCCUACAAUCGCGGCCGAGUUUCAGACCUUAAAGGUAGAUAUCCGGAGCUUGCGGAUGGACGUGCAGGGGUUGAGGCGGGAAAUGGUCGAGGUGCGACAAGAGUUGAACACCAAGCUGGACUUGAUUCUGCAGGCGCUGCAACAGGUCAAGGCGCAGACUGAGGCAAAGGAAACAUGA